GUGACACAGCUUUAGACAAUCCAUACCUAACCCUUUUAAUAUUAUUACCAGAUUUGCAUUGCAACCUCUUAAGCAUGUGUUCUCUCUCUCUCUCGCUCGCUCGCUCUCUUUUUGCAAAAACUGGUGCCAGAGCUGGGGGCUGUCCUGCCGUACAGUUGUAUUCUCUCUGUGUGCUUGCUGAGUGGGAGGGUCACACCGUGUGAGACUAAUAAGGACAGAGCUGCGUCCCCUUCUCCCACUCUUUAGAGACUCCAGCAACUCCUCGGCAACUACAGCAGCUUUGUACAGGCAUUUGCUGCGCUUCUGGGGAGGGGGAACUUAAUCAAAGAUUUCUGGUCAUUUGUUCACAUGUGUUCAAGAGGAGAUGAAGGCAACUGGAUCUUGCAUAAUUUGGCUUGGGUUGGCCAUCCUUCUUCCAGUCUCUCAUUCUAUAGCAGUCACUGAUAAAACAGCUACUGCAUGCCCAGUAUUGAAAACAGAAGGACAUCAGUUUAGCUACCAAGAAAACCUUGAUGUUUCAGGUUUUGAUUUAACCCAAAGCUUUUCUUUGAGGCAGACUUCAUGUGGAGUUGGAAAGCCUUGUUUUAAGUUGGGGAAUGCACCUCUUAUCAGAGACUCUCAGAAAGUGUUUCCAAAUGGGAUUCCAGAGGAGUAUUUCUUAACAGCCACAUUCCGUGUUAGGCGAAACAGCAAAAGAGAACGGUGGUAUUUGUUGCAAAUUUUAGAUCAGCACAACAUGCCACAGGUUUACAUCACCAUUGACGGUACAAAAAAAUUGUAGAGUACAUUGCACAGUCCACCCAGGGGGGCUCAUUGCACUACACCUUUAGAAGUCGGGAAAUACACCCUGUUUUUGAUCGGCAAUGGCACAAGCUUGGCAUCAGCGUGCAAUCAAGGAUCAUUUCUCUCUAUGUGGACUGCAGCUUAAUUGAGCAAAGGGAGAUUGAUGAGAAUACUACUACAGACUUUCAAGGGAAGAUUCUUAUUGCUACCCAUUCUUUAGAUGGCAAACCU